CUAGACACGAAGUCACUUUUAUGAGCACCCAGGUCCCUUCCUGGUAUCUAGCUCUUCACUGCCGCCUAGCUGCUUGCCUCCAGGAGGGAGGGCAGAGGGGACUGCGGUGCUGUCACUGCGGGGAGCAGGGGGCUGGGACUGGGGCAUCCUUGGCUGGCUCAGUAAGUUGUCUGGAGUCAAAGCGGGGCAGGAAGCUUAAGUCUGGGUUUGCGGCCAAAUAUUUUCCCUCCCUGAAAAACCUGGGCUCCCCGGGGAGCCCGCAUUCAGAUCAGUAAAAUGUGGGAGUCCCUGGAUGUCACAUGUCAACCUCCAGCGUGCCAUCUAGGUCGGGAUAGGAAGGGCUGUGAGGACAGCAGCCGGCAGGCGGACCGUCACAAAGGGCAGAUAGCAUCUGGGAUUGCUGUUUUCGGUUCCUCUGCCCAUAGUGAGGAAAAGUGCGUGACCUAACGAGGAGGCCCCGGAAACUCAGGGUUGUGAGUCGCCAGCCGGCAGCCAAAGCGCGAGAACCCGGUGCUGGCGAGCGGGUCAAACCAUCCCUGGCGGUCUGCACCCGAUCCGACCCGAGGGCGGUCAGAUGCCAGGAGGCGGGGGCUGGGGCCUGGGCAGCGCGACCGGGGCGUGCCGGGGCGGCGGGGCAUUUAAACCCCGCUGCCGGCCGCCUGGGACGCGUACCGGCUCUGUGCUCUUCUCAGUCGUCUGGGCUCCAAGUGCCGACUGGGCAAGAUGCGGUCUUCCCUAGCACCGGGUGUCUGGUUCCUCCGCAACUUCUCCAGGGACAGCUGGUACCGUGGCUUCACCCUGCUGCUCACCUUCCUCAUUUAUACCUGUUAUCACAUGUCAAGGAAGCCCAUCAGUGUGGUCAAGAGCCGUCUGCAUCAGAAUUGCUCAGGGCUGAUCAACCCCAUCAAUGACACCCACAGUCUCAAUGAUACCACAUGGUGCAGCUGGAGUCCAUUUGACAAAGAUGACUACAAGGAGUUACUGGGGGCUGUGGACAACGCUUUCCUUGUGGCCUAUGCCAUCGGCAUGUUUAUCAGUGGGAUUUUUGGGGAGCGGCUCCCCCUCCGUUACUACCUUUCAGCUGGAAUGCUGCUCAGUGGUCUUUUCACCGCCCUCUUCGGCCUGGGAUAUUUCUGGAACAUACACAUGCUCUGGUACUUUGUGCUCAUCCAGAUCUGCAACGGACUUGUCCAGACCACAGGCUGGCCUUCCGUCGUGGCCUGCGUUGGCAACUGGUUCGGGAAGGGGAAGCGGGGGUUCAUCAUGGGCAUCUGGAAUUCCCACACAUCUGUGGGCAACAUACUGGGUUCCCUGAUCGCAGGCCUCUGGGUAAACAGUCACUGGGGCCUGUCGUUCAUUGUGCCUGGCAUUAUCACCGCUGCCAUGGGCAUCUUUACCUUCCUCUUCCUCAUUGAGUACCCAGAAGAUGUGGACUGCACCCCACCACAACACCAUGGUGGGUCAGAUGACAGCCAGGACAACCCUGAGGACCCUGGGAGCAGUUCCUACUCUCACAGGGAGAGCAGGAUGGAGGCUGCAGCUAGCUGCUCCAAGGAGCCAUGCCCUGAGCCUGCCGCCAUCAGCUUCCUGGGGGCUCUCAAGAUCCCGGGUGUGAUCGAGUUUUCUUUGUGUCUGCUCUUUGCCAAGCUGGUCAGCUAUACCUUCCUCUAUUGGCUACCCCUCUAUAUCUUCAAUGUAGCUCAUUUUGGUGCCAAGGAGGCUGGGGACCUGUCUACACUCUUUGAUGUUGGUGGCAUCAUAGGUGGCAUCAUGGCAGGGCUGGUCUCUGACUACAUCAAUGGCAGGGCUACCACGUGCUGCGUCAUGCUGAUCUUGGCUGCCCCGGUGAUGUUUCUGUACAAUUCCGUGGGCCAGAACGGGAUCGCCAGCUCCAUGGUGAUGCUGAUUAUCUGCGGGGCCCUGGUCAAUGGCCCAUAUGCGCUCAUCACCACAGCUGUCUCUGCUGACCUGGGAACUCAUGAGAGCCUGAAGGGCAAUGCCAAGGCCCUCUCCACCGUCACAGCUAUCAUCGACGGCACUGGCUCCAUAGGUGCGGCCCUGGGCCCCCUGCUGGCUGGGCUCAUUUCCCCCACGGGCUGGAACAACGUCUUCUACAUGCUCAUCUCCGCUGACAUCCUGGCCUGCUUGCUCCUGUGCCGGUUGGUGUACAAAGAGAUCCUGGCCUGGAAGGUGUCCCUAAGCAGAGGCAGAGGCUCUAGUCUGGCCCUAACCCACCCGCGAUAGUAUUUUCAAGUCCCAUGACUUUUGUGAGUAUUUUCUUCAAGUCUGUGACUAAUAUGUCAUUAGAGAUCAUGGGCUGUAUGCAAAUCCUCUCUCCUCAGUAUGAUUUUUUCUCCAACUUUCUCUUUUUUCUUGGGUGCCAGGUCCAGAGACUCAACCCGGGCAGAGCAUGGUACUUGAGAAGGGUUUCUCAGGAGGUCUGAGAUACCACACAGGGUAGCAGCCUCUCCCCUGAGGGACACACCCUUAGGACAGAGGGCCCAAAGGUGGGAAUCCUUUUCCCACUGAACUCAAGCUGAGCUGCAGGUGCCUCCUGAAGUUCAGAAACCAAGUUUUUCUGGCCCCUCUGCCUGGGGUGUGCAAAGAAAAGCAACUACCAAUCAGAGCCUCUGAAACAAAAUUUGAAGCAAGUGUCCAUGCCUGGCCUGCUAUAAAGAAAUAUGAGCCUCAACUGGAAGUGAAUCGUGGAGGGUCCCCACUGGGUCCCCAAACAGCUCCCCAUGGGAAGACAACGGAAACUUCCACUGAGGGGAGAAGCAAAGACUCUCGAUCUAACCCCAAACAGCCAAGCCCAACCCAUAGGGCUGCUAAGGGUGUUGAAGACUUGCCAUGGAAGGGGACUGCCAAGUAUGAGGAAAUGGAAGACUCAGGGCCUGAGUGCUGGGCCUGCCAGCACAAGGACUGGGAUCAGAACACAUGCUCAGUCUCCUGCUUGCUCAGAUUCCCAGGCAGAGGCAGAGGCUCUCUAGGGUCAAAGGUGCAUCUCUCCUUCCCGAGUUAGAUUUUAAUCUCUGUAAUCAGCCUGUGCCUAUAGGGGGCAUCUCACCCCGUUUCAAAUGUGCCCGACCUCUCUUUGUCCCUUUGUCAGGAGCCAGUCUUCUCUGUGUAUUUCCCCAAGUUCGACCCUCUUCUUCUAUCCUCCCUUUGAUCUGUUUAUAACUCCCUCUCUGGCUUUGAUUAAAGUAUUGUGACUGUUCUUCCAGGGCUGAGACUAGGGUGGGGCCAGGCGGUACCUCGGCAGGCACCCGAUGUCAGGGGCUCGCUGGCUCGUGCUGUGCCUACCCUGAGAGUGAACCUCCCUUGCCUCACCCUGGUUCUCAGCCCCUGACAAUGUCUCAGUGGCUGGUGACAUCAAGGUCAGUGCUGUGGGGACUGACAGGGGUGAGCAUGACUGAAAAUACCCUCAUGUAAAUUAAGCAUUUUGAGAAUGAAAUCCCAUUGGUUACUGAGUGCCCACUGCAUGCCAGUGCUGCUGUAGGAAUGAAGGGGACAAUGGACAGAGAAAGGACUUAUGCCUUGAGCACUGGGGGCACAAGAAAUGGUGAUGCUGCCUGGCCCGUUGAGCAGCUGCUAAUGUGCAGUUCCUUGGAGGCACCUGCAGCACCCCUACCAGUGUCCUGAUGCACGCAAUCCCUCCACCCCACCCCGGAUUGUGACAUGCCAGGCUGGCUCCUGGUGUUUCCACCUGACCUCUUCAGUUGCCCAUCAGCACCAUGCAGACUUUCUUUGCCAACUGAGCCUGUGCUCAUCCUUGGUAGGGCUUGGUAUGGCAGCAGCAUGUGGGGUUCACACUGGUGGUUGAGGCAGGGUCCUGGGGCCACAAGAUUGGCGUGCAGGCGCUGGUGACCACCAGCAUGACCAUGACACCCAUGACUUGGAGCACACAGGGAGUCAAGAGUCCAUGCUAGAUACAAUCAUUGUAUUUAUUAGGAUGCUGCAUGGCAGGUGUGUUAGCUGAACAUGUCGGCCUCAGCAGUGAAGUGGGCUGUAUGCUGUGUGAUGAUAACUCAGUAAGCUCCAUAUGCACGAUGCUCACUUCAGCUCUGAAAGUAGGAGUCUUCCAGCGACCUCUAAGUCCUCAGAGUCCUCCAUAGGAGCUGUGAUGUGUGGCUUCGUGCUCAGUUUCUGAAGACCAGGAAGAACUAUGACAUCAUCACUUAGGAGGGACCCGCUGAAGGAGACGCUGUGUUACUUCUCUAAGCCACUAGAUGGCGAUAUAAUCCCGUGGUAAAACCCAGCAUGGCCUCUGUUGCUGUCCUGCUUUUGGAAAGGAGAUAGGAGAGGUUCCCUUUGGCCAACUUUGCUCCAUGAAGGUCAAGGUAGGAAGGAUGACUUUUUUGAAGCCUUCUCUUCCUCAACCUCACCACUUACGGCCUCUACAUCUGUUUCCUCAUCAAAAAAUGGCAAUAACAUUCCAUACCUCACAGAAUUGCUGUGAAAGGUGCUAAGUAUUAAAUGCACUUCCGGCCUUAAGGAGCUAGUCUCCUCAGGGGACAAGAUAGGGGAUAUGAAAAAGUUAAGAACAUAAGAAACGUAAAAAAAAAAAAAAAAGAAGAAGAAGAAGCAACGGAGG